UGGGGAACGACACAUUAAAACAAUGUAUGAAUUUGCGUAUUACAUGUAUCUUUCAUGGUAGUGACUGGUUAUCUGUUGAUUGUCAAACAGUGAAACGUGUUCUGUAUUCAGAAUAGUAAUACUAACCGUACUCAAUAGCAAGGUCAAUUGAUUAUAUCUUGAAACAUACCUGUAGUGUAUGCGCAAUGGUUUGGUCUGUGGAAGGCGGGACUCAGGAGCGGUCAGCAGGACGUCGUAGAUCAAUGAACUGAACUGAGUUUUCUGCCUGGGUUGGACGACACUUUGGUGGGAUUAAACCCUACAACCUACGCAGUGUACCCUAUGUCAGGUAGCCUACAGAUGUGACAACGCGACAAGGACAUUUGAAUCAGGAUCGAAAACGGAAAUACCGUAGUUUAUUUCUAACCCGGUCGAUAUGCGGAUUUUGUCCAAAUAAACCCAUUGGAUUCUAAUAAACGGGUCUGCAUGUAGCUUCAUUUUUUGGGAGUAAACAAGCUUAUUUUUUUAUCUCGGAAUAACUGGAAUAGGCUAUCCAGGAUGAUCUUUGCAAACACUGCCAACCCGUUGAAGAGCACAUAUCGGAAGCAGUCGUACCCCAUGGCUCCAGCCAGCCCCAGCACGGUGAGCACCAGCAGCAACAGCAGCACCACAGGAUGGGACCAGCUCAGCAAAACGAAUCUGUACAUCCGCGGCCUGCCUCCAGCAACCACUGACCUGGACCUAGUCAAGCUCUGCCAGCCAUACGGCAAGAUCGUAUCGGCAAAGGCCAUCCUCGAUAAAACAACGAACAAAUGUAAAGGGUAUGGGUUUGUGGACUUUGACAGCCCUGCAGCAGCCCAGAAGGCGGUCCAUGCCCUAAAGACCAGUGGAAUACAAGCCCAGAUGGCUAAGCAGCAACAGGAGCAGGACCCCACCAACCUGUACAUCUCCAACCUGCCUGUGUCUGUAGAUGAGCAGGAGCUGGAGGGGUUGCUGAGGCCUUUUGGACAGGUCAUCUCCACCCGCGUCCUCAGAGACUACAGCGGGGCCAGCAGGGGGGUCGGCUUCGCCAGGAUGGAGUCCAAGGAGAUGUGUAACUCAGUCAUAGCCCACUUCAAUGGGAAGUUUAUCAAGACGGCGCCUGGAACUACGGCUCCCUCUGAGCCUCUGCUGUGUAAGUUUGCUGAUGGUCAGAGGAAGAGGCACAGCCACAGUCCCUACAUCCCCAGCGGUCGCACAUGGCCCCGAGAGGGAGAGCUCAGACUAGGCGGGAUGACUCUCACCUACGACCCCACCUCAGCUGCUAUGCAGAACGGCUAUUAUGCCUCUCCCUACACCCUAACGGCCAAUAGGAUGAUGACUCAGCAAGCCAUGUCUCCCUACAUGUCUCCUGUCACCUCCUACCAGGUACAGAAUCCUUCCUGGAUGGCCCACCAGCCUUACAUCAUGCAACACCCACAGGCUGUAAUGUCGCCCUCUGUGGACCACUCCAUGACAAUGCAGCCCACCGCCAUCAUGACACAGCAGAUGGGCCAUCUCUCAUUGGGCAGCAGUGGAGCGCAGUAUAUUUCAGCCAACGCUGCAGUCCAGGCAGCCUAUAUGCCUCAGUACGCCCACAUGCAGCAGACAGCCGUAAGUUCCGAGUUUUUCCCUCUUCAGGAAAAUGGUUCACAGCAGCAAAUGGAUUCGUCCAACAAUUCGUCUCCCUACAGUCAACAGAGCAAGUAGCGAUAAGGUGACUUCUGUGAGCAGUAAUGGAUGCUGUGGGCGCUGACUCAUGAUGUCACAGUCAUAGCCUCUCCUGAUUGGACCAGACCAGACUUCAGUAAGAACUCUUUUGCACAGCUUCAACCAAACAACUGUGUAUGAUGGAACCAACAGCAAUGAUACCAUGGUGUGUAAAACGAAGACAGAGCUGUAAAAAUGGACAAAACCAACAAUUAUUUCCCCCCUUCAAAACAGGAAAAAAAUGUUUUAUUUUGAUAAACGAAAAGACGUGUAUUUUUUACCACGGAUUCUCCAAGUGGAUGCAAUGGGGCAAGUAGCCUACAGCGUGAUGUUAAAAGAUGCAUGAGAUUGAUUCUUUUUUUUUGUGGAAUCUGUUGACUUAAGGAAAAAGAGAUUUCCAAUGGGUUUUAUAGGUAGUUUAUUAGCCAAGAUAUAUGAUGAAAAAAAUGUUGCUUGCAAAAAGUGUUCAUUUGGUGAGGUGUUACUGGUUUUUAUUUUUGGUCUUUAUAAGAUAUUAUCAUUCAAUUAGGCUUUUAGGGUUAAUGUCUGACAUGAUUUUCUGUAUCAGAUUAAAUAUGUAGGAUUGGCCGUUUGGCAGCUGUCAAUCAAUCUAUGAAUAGAGAACUGAUAAAGAAGCAGAUGUUUUGCCAAAUAGAUGAUGGGUUGGAUAAUGUGCCUUCCUCUAACAUCAUAAGUCAUUUUACAUAGCCUGGCAGAAUCCGAACUGAUUCCCUGACGUUUCACUGUUUCACUUCAUGGUGAUCACAGUAUUCAGCCUGGUCUAACCAGGCUACAUUAAAAAGAACAGCCACUCUUAAUUAGAACUACUGUCAGUCCAUAGUAAGGUCUCUUUAGACUUUGACAGUGUCGGUGUCUUGUUUUGUCAUAUUUCACACACAACCAAGGAUGUGAACCUCCAUCAAAUGCUACACAUACUGAUCUCAUCUCCCUAAUUAAGGCAAGAUAGCCUACAAUUCAAAUAAAAGACACGUAUAGAUUUAAAAGAAAUGCAAGCUUGAAAUUGUGAGGUAACGUCAAGGCGGUUUAAUUUUUUCUCUGCUAUUUUUUACUUCAACAUAUACAGUAAUAUUAAUAGAAAAUGUUUAACUUUAAUGAUGAAAUUACAAUCUGUUUUACCUUACGCUAAAUUGACGGGGUUGUCUUUAAAGAACAUUGAAUGGUCAUCUUGAAUGGUCACCAUGUGUGGUCAUGUGUGACUGGUUUUUAUCUACCUCAGAGUUCUGUCUGGGCUGGUACGGCUGGGUUUGCAGGUCCAGCCCGCCUCACCAGAGAAGAACACAAAAGCUGCGGACCAAAUCGCACCCUUUUUCUUAUGUAGUGCAUUACUUUUGACCCAUAGGCUUUUCACGUAGGGCUAUGUUCAAAAACGGCGGGCCAGUAAUCGUAAGGAUGCUGGAUCGACUCCCCGAGCUGACAAGGUAAAAAUCUGUCGUUCUGCUCCUGAACAAGGCUGUUAAUCCACUGUUCCCGGGUAGGCCGUCAUUGUAAAUAACAAUUUGUUCUUAACUGACUUGCCUAGUUAAAUAAAGGUCAAAUAAAUAAAAACAUAGAGUUAGAUAGACAUCAUAUCAUUGUGUCUAUCCCAUUAUGGCAUCUGUGAGAGCAUUUUGAAGUAGUCAACUGGGUGGGACUUCCAAUGGGUUAAAGGGAUACUUCGGGAUUUUGGCAAUGAUGCCCUUUAUCUACUAGCAUGCUAGCAGAUACCCAUAGACUUCCAGUCAUUGCGCUAACACUAGUCAGCAUUGGCUUGCAAAACUACCUCUAACUUCAUUGAUACUGGACACAGAGACAUAAAAAUGGUAUCCACAAAUUCAUUUGACUCUGGAGAAGUAGAUAAAGGGCCUCAUUGCCAAAAUCCCGAAGUAUCCCUUCAACCCAUUGGAAGUCCCACCCACUUGACUACUUCAAAAUGGCGAAAGUCCUCAAUGGUGCUGCCAAUGCUAAAAUAGUCUUUUUGGCCCCCGAGUCCUCUAUGUAUCUCUAUGGGUCAAAAGCAUUGCACUAUAAAGAAAAUAAGAUCAGAUUUGGGACGCAUCCAAAGCCAAGCUCAGGAGCUGGCCAAUAGCAAUUUUUACUAUUCUUCCUCCUACUACGCUGUCCUCAAGUAAAGAAACAUUCUGUUUUGUUUAGUGUAGUAUCAUGCUGAAUCUUGUUUUUUGUUUGUUUUUCCGAUAUGAACAUUGCUACAGGUGGAAUGCGGUUUUUUUUAGCUCCGCCUUAGUUUUGGAGUCUCCAAAGUAAAAAAAAAAACAAAGUGCUGCUUGUCGAUCAGAGGUUCCAAUAGGCUGGGAAUGAGGCGGGUUUUUUUUAUUUUAUAAAAGAGGAACGCAAACCCACCACGUGGUAGUGUAGGCGGCUAGACUCGAUCUAUUCUUCCCUUGAAACACACACACACACCUUCUCAGUAUGGGACUUUGUGUUGGCAGUUAAUGUGGUGAGGGGGGGGGGGGUUGUAGAAGUCUGAAAGAUGGAAGUUUAAAUUGCAACCAUACUAUUUGUAGUCUUGCAUAGCUAGCGAUGUCUGAACCAAGUGCAAUUCUGUGUCUGGAUCAAUAGGCUAGUUGUACAGCAAAUUCCACCAACACUUGUGUGAUAUAGACUGGCUGAUGACAAUAAAUAAAAUGAAAUAGUAGUAAUUUAUGCAGAAAGAUAGAUUUUUUUGUUUGUUUGUUUUACAUGUCUGGGUGAUGAUGCUGCUGGGUAUCAUCAGUUAGAAAAAUAAAAUCAUUUUGUAUUUUUGUUUCCUUAUGUAUGUUACAGCCAUCGUUUCACUAGAUUGGUAGAACAAUCUUAUCCUUGUGCUUUCCUUUAUAAAAAUAUUUGAAUAAAAACCCACCAUGAAUCAGCCCUA